CCGGUCGUUCCGGUUUCUGGUAAAUACGUCAAUACUCUGAAUCAAGAAGCACCAAUAAAUAUGCAGGGUUGAAGUCGAAGUCUUCCGAUCACUCUCUCCACCACCACUGACCAUUGCCGCCGGAGGCACUGCUUAAAAUCACGUAACUCCGCUCUAUUCCGAGAGUAAUCUUUUUCGCCUGAGAACAAAACUGAAGAUUUUCAGGCAAAACUUUAGAGGGAAAAUCCGAGCUCGGCGAAGAUGAGGCCGGGACUACCGCCUCAUAGCAGCCGCAGCAAAUGUCACAUUUCAGUGAGUGAAUUGUACUGGUCUCUGGUCAACAAAGCUGACCGGAAGUUCUCCAGGAUCAGGGACCUGCCUUAUUACGAGCGCAAUAGGUACAAUACAUAUUUCCACAAGGCGUUCAAAGUGUACACAAAGUUAUGGAAACUUCAGCAAGGGAACCGUCAGAAGUUGCUAGAUACAGGGCUAAAAAGAUGGCAGAUAGGAGAGAUUGCGUCACGAAUUGCUCAGCUUUACUUUGGGCAAUACAUGAGGACCAGUCAGGCGAGCUAUUUGUCUGAGUCUUUUGUAUUUUAUGAAGCAAUAUUGACUCGAGAUUACUUCAAGGAAGGAUUAUUUCAAGAUGUCAGUCUUGCGUGCAAACAGUUGAGGUUUCUGUCCAGAUUUCUGAUUGUGUGCUUGGUUUCGAACCGAAGAGAAAUGGUGCAUCAAUUGGUUAAUCAGCUUAAAAUGUUACUCGAGGAGUGCAAGAAGACAUUUAAGGAAACGGACUUUAAAGAAUGGAAGCUGGUAGUCCAGGAAAUAACGAGAUUUUUGAAAGCAGAUACAACCUUUAUCAAUAUCAGGCCAUUCAGAUAUAGCAUUUUGUUAGAACCUCAUCCAGAAUCUUCGAUAAGUGUUUCUCCACCAAGUACAACGAGAUCCUUGAGGUUACAGGAUGCUAUUCUGAGUAGCUACCAUCAUAACGAGGUCAAGUUUUCUGAGAUCACAUUAGACACUUUCAGGAUGAUCCAGAGUCUGGAGUGGGAACCCAGUGGUUCAUUUUAUCGGCCAAAUGCUAAUAGAAGUGGGCAGAGUAGUGGCUCUGGGCCAAGUCGCAGUAACGUCACACAAGAUAUAGUUGAUCCUACUCUCCCGUCUAAUCCUCGGAAAUCACUUUUAUACCGUCCUUCUUUGACCCAUUUUUUAGCAGUUCUAGCUACAGUUUGUGAGGAGAUGCCAAAUGAUGGGAUUCUCUUGAUAUAUUUGUCAGCUUCAGACAGUGCAAAGAAAGUUUUAUCUUCCCCAGCCAGCACUCAGCUGGGCGAUGAGUCUAUCAGCAAUACAGAGGAUAUUGAUAAACCUGAGUCUCCUUGUGGACAAGUUGAGGGAGGCUGCAUAGGUCCCCAAACUGGUUGCUUAUCACUCAGUGCUAGUGGAAAAGAAGGACCAAGCUGCAUAUAUCCAGGCGACUUGGUUCCAUUUACGAGAAGGCCAUUGUUUUUAGUUAUUGAUAGUGAUGUCAGUGAAGCAUUUCAGACUAUCCAUGGAGAAGAAAGGGGAGAGCCAGCUGCAAUGCUGUUAUCUUCCUGCAAUGCUAGUCAUGCUAGUGCUGCUGAAUAUUCUCGCCAUGGAAGCAUGUUCACUCUUUUUCUCACAGCUCCAUUGCAGGCUUUCUGUGUACUGCUUGGUAUCUCAGGCUCUGAUGUUGAAAUGGUUGCAUUUAACAAAGCGGAGAAAGUGCUGUUCUCUUCGAUAAUCGAGUGGGAUCAGUCUCUGGUGACAUUAGACAACCUUGAUAAAGGGUGGUCACAGAUUUUGAAUGAUCCGUUCAUAAGGCGACUUCUCUUGAGAUUUAUAUUCACUCGAACCGUACUAGCACUUUACGCGCCAACCUUCGGUAAGAAGGAAUUUGUGCCCAUAUGUGUGCCAAUUCUGCCAUCCUUUUUCGACCCGACAAGCGAAAGUGUGCAAUCUGUGGUCGUGAAGAUAGCAAAUAUUUUUGGUGUAAGCAGCAGCUUUGUCUUCUCAGAAAACCUGGUAGCUCCUGAAAGUAGCUCUUAAAACAAGCAAG